AAAUCAUUUUAAGCUUAAACCCUACUACAUAUAAUAGCCGAAGCACACAAACGCAGAGAGGACGGACCGCAAAAACCCUAGUCUUCACAUAACUUUCACUGCGCUAGAGAGAGAGAAGAGAGAUGGGAAGCGAUAGUGAAGCAGAAAGAUCGCAUAAGCAUGAGAAGGAGAAGAAAAAGAUUAUAGCUUUAUCACCUAUUGCCAAGCCACUUGCUGGCAAAAAGCUCUGCAAGAGAACUCUCAAGCUAGUUCGCAAAGCUGCUGAACACAAAUGCUUGAAGAGAGGAGUGAAAGAGGUGGUCAAAAGUAUCCGUCGUGGUCAUAAAGGGUUAUGCGUCAUAGCUGGCAACAUAUCUCCUAUUGAUGUAAUCACUCAUGUUCCAAUCUUGUGUGAAGAGGCAGACAUUCCAUAUGUAUAUGUUCCCUCAAAAGAAGAUCUUGCAAAUGCUGGAGUUACCAAGAGGCCUACAUGUUGUGUUCUGGUGUUAACCAAGCCUCCCAAGGGAGAAAUUCCCCAGGAGGAACAAGAGAAACUAAAGGCAGAUUUUUCUCAGGUUGCGGCGGAUGUGUCUGAGCUUGCAUCCUCUCUUUUCUGAUCAACAACAUGACACAUUUAAUGUAGCUUUUAUCCAAUUUUUAAACUUGAUGUUGGCUGAUGUAAUAUGUAGUUGUUAAUGUCGUCUAUUGCAUUUGGAUAAGUUGCCAAGA